CUUCUUCUUCAGGUGUCAUGGAUCCGUCGCUGGGACUGGCAUAUCCUCACCACAGGGAUCUACACCUACACUAGUGACCUGAGGUUUAACGUCCUUCACACUGAAGGGUCGGAUGACUGGACGCUGCAGCUCAAAUACGUCGAGAAUAAGGACAACGGGACAUACGAGUGCCAGAUGUACACAGGGACAGGUGUGCUCUCCCAGUUCGUCAACCUGCACGUGAACACACCACGUGCAGUCGUGCUUGGGCCUCAGGAGCUGCAUGUACAAGAGGGAGACACGAUAACACUUGUUUGCGUCAUACAACAGAGCAAGCCCCCCUUCGUGUUCUGGUACCACGGCGAUCAAAUGGUGAACUACGAUGGCUCACGGAAUCGCCUCAACGUUAUAACGCAGGUUGAAGGCUCUCGGACAAACUCUCGACUCACUAUCACCGACGCCAGAUAUACGGACUCUGGGAACUACUCUUGUCUGCCGCCCAACGUCAAGCCCGCCUACGUUCUGGUCUUCGUCAGUCAGGCUGGAGACACGGUGGCCGCAGUACAGAGACGAGGCCAUACGUCCACAGCUCCCACGACGCUCCCCUCCGCCACUUCACCCACUUUCUUCCUACGAGAUGAUGGUUCCUCUCUCUCUUCCUGGUGUUUUACUGUAAAGAAAAAUAUGUAUAGAGAGAAAAAAAGAGAGGUCUAUGUAUCCAUCUAAUUACAAAAGAUAUAUAUAAUAUAUAUGUACAUUGUAACCCUCCUCAUUAUAACGUUUUAUGUAAUAUAAUAUAAUUACCGAGUUUUCAUUCAGAACAUGUUUCGUCCCCAAGAAGGGUUUAUGUAUUCUCCCGGUGGAUGUUAAAUUUGUCA